AUGAAGUUCACCAGAGCAUGUUCAGUUUUCGCUUUCCUCCUUGCUGUUAAGUUGUUAACCCCAGAAUGCCAAUGUGAUCAUGUAGUACAUAAGAAGCCCCACGUAAACAACAAUCACAGCCAUGGUAGUGGUAAUUGCGGAGCCAGCCAUGGCAACUCAUCUGCUAAUUCAGGCAAAUCAGGAAAUUCAGGCAUUUCAGGCAAUGUGGGCAAUUCAGGCUGCUCCAAUGUGGUAUCAGGAAACUCUUCAAAUUCUGUAAACAUCCCAGUCUCUGGCGCAUCUGUAUCAUCACCUAAAUUAUCAGUCCCAGGAACAACCCCCCCACCAGCACCAACCCCAUCUCCAGUAAAACCCUCACCUAAAGAUGACGCGGGAAAAGCAAUUGACCAAAUUGACGACCAAAUUGAAAAGAAAAAUAAAAAGAAAAAAUUAUGCAUAAUAUCAUCAGCAGCCACAGCAUUGGCUCUCUUACUAGGAGGAGCACUAGGAUUGGGAAUUUACAAAAAGAGAAAAGCACCAAAGGUGAACGCAGAGAAUACAAAUGAUGCCCCCGCCGCCGACAGUUCUGAGCCUGUCGUAGAGGGAAAUACCGAAACCCCUGCUGCAACUGAUGCUCCCACCAACCCAGAAACCCCACAAGAAUCAUAA